UCGGCGGGCUCGCGCGCGCGGCUCACAAUGCCGCGAGGCGGGGCGGCCGGGAGCUUCUGCGCCUUCCAUUGGAGCACACGCCCCUUCCUGUCACUGCCGAGGCCGGCUCCGCCCACUGGCACCGCCCGCCGCAUGGGCGCUGCCCGAGUGGACGGUUCCAGACGCAUGCUAAUGAGGGGGCGGCCGCCGCAGCCCAUUGGCCGGCCGCGGAGAGUCGGUGAAGUCAGCGCUGAGUCCCAGAAAAACAGAGCGGGGCCAACUGCAGCGUGUAGUGCGAGUGGGGCAGGACGCGCGCAGCCCGCCCGCCCGGCGACCCGCAAGAGCGAUUCAGAGCCCCACUUGAAGAAGACCUGUCCUGACAUCACCAUGAGCUCUGAAUGUGAUGUCGAUGCUUCUAAGGCCGUGGUGAACGGGUUGGCACCAGGCAACAAUGGGCAAGACAAAGACAUGGAUCCUACAAAAGUCUGCACCGGGAAGGGAGCGGUGACUCUCCGGGCCUCUUCCUCCUACAGAGAAAUCCCAAGCAGUAGCCUUGAGAGCCCUCAGAAAACGCCACCCUCUGAAAGCAAACCAGAUGAGUGGAGGCUUUCUUCCAAUGCUGAUGCCAAUGGAAACGCCCAACCCUCUUCACUUGCUGCCAAGGGCUACAGAAGUGUGCAUCCGAACCUUCCUUCCGACAAGCCCCAGGGUUCAAGUCCUCUACUAAAUGAAGUUUCUUCGGCCCGUAUUGGGACGGACGCCCAAGCCUUCACACCAGUCAGCAAGCCAUCAUCUGCUUAUCCCUCGACGACAAUUGUCAAUCCUACCAUUGUGCUCUUGCAACACAAUCGAGAACAGCAGAAACGACUCAGUAGCCUUUCAGAUUCAGUCCCAGAAAGAAGAGUGGAAGAGCAGGACUUGGCACCAACUAAGGAAAAACCCACCUCACCAGGCCGGGGUACUGAAAGAAAAGCAAAGGAUGGCAGUAGGCGGGUGGUGAAGAGUGCUCAAGACCUAAGCGAUGCGUCCAUGGAUGAAGUGGGCAUCCCACUCCGGAACACUGAAAGAUCGAAAGACUGGUACAAGACUAUGUUUAAACAGAUCCACAAACUAAACAGAGAUGAUGAUUCAGAUCUGUACUCUCCUCGAUACUCCUUUUCUGAAGACACAAAGUCUCCCAUUUCUGUGCCUCGCUCAAAAAGUGAGAUGAACUACCUUGAUGGUGAGAAGGUAGUUAAGAGGUCGGCCACGCUACCACUCCCAGCCCGCUCUUCCUCCCUAAAGUCAAGCCCAGAAAGAAACGACUGGGAGCCCCCAGAUAAGAAAGUGGACACGAGAAAAUACCGUGCAGAGCCCAAAAGCAUAUACGAAUAUCAGCCGGGCAAGUCUUCCGUUCUGACCAACGAAAAGAUGAGUCGGGAUAUAAGCCCAGAAGAGAUAGAUUUAAAGAAUGAACCUUGGUAUAAAUUCUUUUCGGAAUUGGAGUUUGGGAAACCGCCUCCCAAAAAGAUAUGGGAUUAUACUCCUGGAGACUGCUCUAUCCUUCCUAGAGAGGAUAGAAAGACUAAUCUAGACAAAGAUCUCAACCUCUGCCAAACAGAGUUAGAGGCAGAUUUAGAAAAAAUGGAGACGCUUAAUAAAGCACACAGUACAAACCUGUCACAGAGCUCAGCAGUCAGCCCCACUCCAGAAACUUCUUCAGAGCCUCCUGGAUAUAUAUAUUCUUCCAACUUCCAUGCAGUGAAGAGGGAAUCAGAUGGGGCCCCUGGGGAUCUCACUAGCUUGGAGAAUGAGAGACAGAUUUAUAAAAGUGUCUUGGAAGGUGGUGACAUCCCUCUUCAGGGCCUGAGUGGGCUCAAGCGACCAUCCAGCUCGGCUUCCACUAAAGUGGACCGUAAAGGUGGGAAUGCUCACAUGAUUUCUUCAUCUUCAGUUCCUAGCCGAACGUCUUACACUAGCAAUGCUUUAGGCCCUGUGUGUAAACACAAGAAGCCCCUCUCCGCCGCGAAAGCCUGCAUUUCGGAAAUCCUUCCUUCCAAAUUCAAACCCAGGCUCUCUGCUCCCAGCGCUCUUUUGCAGGAACAGAAAAGCAUACUGUUACCUUCUGAGAAGGCUCAGAGCUAUGAGAACCUUUGCGUUUCAGCUUCUUUAAAUGAUUCCAGAAGAGGCCUCCCCCUGCAUGUGGGGGGAAGCAUCGAGAAUCUGCUCACACGCUCCCGGCGGGAUUAUGACAGCAAGUCAAGCAGCACCAUGAGCCUCCAGGAGUACAGCUCCAGUGCCAGGAGGCCCUGUCCUCUCUCACGAAAGGCUGGGAUGCAGUUCUCCAUGUUCUACCGGGACAUGCACCAGAUCAACCGAGCCAGCCUCUUCCUGGGCUCCAGCUCCUCCUCGAGUGUGCGGGAUCUUGCCUCCCACUUUGAAAGGAGCAGCCUGGCAUUGGCCAGGGGCGAUCUGGGCCCCAGCCAGGAGGGCUCAGAGCACAUCCCCAAGCAUACUGUCUCCUCCCGCAUCACAGCUUUUGAGCAGCUGAUUCAGCGGUCCCGGUCCAUGCCGUCCCUGGACCUGUCCGGCAGACUGAGCAAGUCCCCCACACCUGUGCUGUCCCGGAGCGGCCUAACUUCAGCCCGCUCAGCCGAAUCCCUCCUUGAGUCGACCAAGCUCCAGCCCAGGGAGAUGGAUGUGAUGAACCCCAGUCGGGUCUACGCCUCCCCAACGUGUAGCAAUAUGGCGGACCCCACCCUGGGCUUCAGGGGCCUUGUACCCUCUGACCCCCUCUCAGUCUGCUCUGACGAGCUAGACCACUGUUCAAACAUCUCCAGUGACAGUAGAGAGGGCAGCAGCAGCAGUGUCCAUGGAGACUUCCCCAGACAUCGCCUCAACAAGUGCAAGGGCACCUGCCCGGCCUCGUACACCCGCUUCACAACCAUCAGGAAGCACGAGCAGCAGCAGACCUCCAGACAGCCUGACUGGCGCCCAGACCCCAGAAGCGACAAAAGCAUUCUCCUCAGGAACAUCUACCUAAUGAGCCCCCUGCCUUUUCGGUUGAAAAAGCCCCUCCAGCACCCCUCCAGACAGUCUUCCUCUGGUGAUUCCGCAGGCCCCUUGGCGUGCCAGAAGCUAGACCACCCCAGUCAACCCCUUCAGCACGAGCUCUCCUCCGGGGGGAAGCCCUCUGUUCCCAAACGCCUGUCUUCCCGGUACACCAUGGAAAGGCUCAGCCAGAUCUCAGAGCCCCCGCAGGAGAGACAGGCAGUGCCAGAGGACUGCCUAAAGGCCUUUAGUAAUGGGAACACUGUGCCGUUCUCAGACAACGGCCUGGACAGGAACAACAACCCUCAAAGUGAACUGGGAACGUCCUGCGGAGAUUCAGAAUCACCAAGACAUUUUAUACCAGCUGACUACUUGGAAUCCACAGAAGAAUUUAUUCGAAGACGUCACGAUGAUAAAGAGAAACUUUUAGCGGACCAGAGACGACUUAAGCGCGAGCAAGAAGAGGCCGAUAUUGCAGCUCGACGCCACACGGGCGUCAUCCCGACCCACCAUCAGUUUAUCACUAAUGAGCGCUUUGGGGACCUCCUCAAUAUAGACGAUACUGCAAAAAGGAAAUCUGGGUCAGAGAUGAGACCGGCCAGAGCCAAAUUUGACUUUAAAGCUCAGACGCUAAAGGAGCUUCCUCUGCAGAAGGGAGACAUUGUUUACAUUUAUAAGCAGAUCGAUCAGAACUGGUAUGAAGGCGAGCACCAUGGCCGGGUGGGGAUCUUCCCACGCACCUACAUUGAGCUUCUCCCUCCUGCUGAGAAGGCUCAGCCCAAAAAGUUGACGCCAGUGCAGAUUUUGGAAUAUGGCGAAGCUAUUGCUAAGUUUAACUUUAAUGGUGAUACGCAGGUAGAAAUGUCCUUCAGAAAGGGAGAGAGGAUCAUGCUGCUUCGACAGGUGGAUGAGAACUGGUACGAAGGGAGGAUCCCAGGGACGUCCCGGCAAGGCAUCUUCCCCAUCACAUACGUGGAUGUGAUCAAACGGCCACUGGUGAAAACCCCCAUGGACUACGUUGACCUGCCUUUCUCCUCCUCCCCAAGUCGUAGUGCCACUGCGAGCCCACAGUAUCCCAGUCAUAGCAAGCUCAUCACUCCAGCCCUCUCAUCUCUGCCCCACCCUCGCCAAACUAUGUCCCCUGAGAUGCAGGCCGUCACCUCUGAGUGGAUCUCGCUGACUGUGGGCGUCCCAGGCAGGCGUCCUCUGGCCCUGACCCCACCCUUGCCUCCUGUACCGGAGGCUUCUGUCUAUAACGCUGACCCCCUCGCCUUGCCAGUGAGGGCCGGUCGCUCCCUGCCCCUCAGCCUCCCUCAUUCUAGUUGGUCGGAUCGUUCCACCCCACACAUGGUAGUUUCCCCACUGGCCCUACCUCACCCCCACAAACCCUACUCCCUGGCCUCCAGUGCCCAGGUCGCCGUUCAUGUCAACGGAGACAGUGGUAUCCACUUAGCACCUUCAGGUGUCCGCCAGGAUAGCUUCACCCAGCCGCUGCUUGGAAGCUCUGAGAAGGUUAUCUCAGAGCUUAGCGAUGCCUUUAGCAGCCAGAGCAAGUGGCAGCAGUGGAGGGAAGAGAGCAGAGAGUGUGAGAGGCAAGCAGAGAAGGAGGCAGGUGAGAGAUGCCCUGGUGGACCCAAGAUCUCUAAGAAGAGCUGCUUGAAACCUUCAGACGUGGUCAGGAGCCUGAGCACUGAACAGAGACUCUCAGACCUCCACACCCCUGAGGAAGGCCGGCCCCGCAAGCCCCUGGGUAGCCCUUUUCCAGGAAGGGAGGCUGAGCAGACAGAGCUGCGUAGAGGUGGUGAGCAGGCCGAGAGGAAAGCUACCCUGAGUGGUGUGAGCCAGGAAGCAGUUUGCAAUGAGAUCAUAAACAUUGCCGAAAAAUCUGUUCAUUACUGCAGCACUGUUUCUCAUCCCCUUGACUCUCAUCACACGGUGUCCCCUUUUGACAAUAAAUCAUCUUUAAUCAUUUCUCAGCAACCUCAAGCCCAGCAGCGAAGAGUCACCCCAGACAGGAGUCAAACCUCACAAGAUCUAUUUAGCUACCAAGCAUUAUAUAGCUAUACACCACAGAACAAUGAUGAGUUGGAACUCCGGGAUGGAGAUAUUGUUGAUGUCAUGGAAAAAUGUGACGACGGAUGGUUUGUUGGUACGUCAAGAAGGACAAGGCAGUUCGGUACUUUUCCAGGCAACUAUGUAAAACCUUUGUAUCUCUAAGAAGACUGAAAACCAGAGAUUGUUUUUUAUUGGAGAACAGGAGGAAGCAUAAUUCCUGAACUGGGCUCUUUCUUUAAACAUUGAGUCAAUAGGAUAAUUAAUGCAGUGGAUAAAGUGAGAAGCAAAAGAGAGGGACAGAGAACUGUGAUGUUUAAACCCAAGCCUGUCUUAAGUUUACUGUGUAUCAAUCAGGCAGGGCCGAACCACAUGCUAAGCAAAAAGGAAUGAGGCAAAGCCGUAUUUACUUAGCUGCUUCUGGAGCCGCUCCAGCCUUCCCCUCCCCUCCACCUCUUGGGUAAUCUGACCCUAAGCACAGUCUGGGAGAAGAGUUAGGCCAGAAAUGCCUCAUACUGCCCCAGCCUUGACUGGUCCUGGCUUAAAAGGGGCCCCAGCCAUUCUCCAGAGGCUCUAAGCCUGAGACCCACAGAUUCCCCUAGCCUCCAUCCCCUGCUUCCCAGAACCAGCUGGCCCCCCAGUGCUGCUGAAGAUCAGUGUGGGCUGCCAAAGCCAAUUCUAGAUGGUGGUGGAGGCCCGCUAACUGCCCCAGAAUGAAUCCCUCACUGGACUUGCUGAGGUUGUGGUGGUGGUAGCUAUGAUCGUGUCGGCCCCCAGCUGCUGGUGACCCACGCACAAUGGAAGUUGUAAGGAAGGGUAGGAAAUGUGUUCAGCACUGUGUGGCAUUGCCCUGGGCCCCUUAGCUCUCAGACAGAAAAGCACACAAGGCUUGCCCCACAUAGCUGGGGAGCUGGUGGCCAGGCAGCUAGGCUGAAUUUGUAUUUCUGGGUGAUUGUGUCAAGAAACCCUGUACCUCUUGAGGUCACUUGCAGUGUGUUCCUUUCCCAUAUCACUGGCUUUUACAAAUGGUCACCUUCAGGGCAAUAUGGCCUCAUUUGAUGGAAUACCAUUCUAACCUUUCUUUUCUGGCUUGUUUUUGGCUGGCAGGGUUCGGGGUUGGUAGGCAUAACUUCAUAGAAAACCAAGAAUGGUGUUGUAUCAUUUAACACACACUGACAGAUGCCAGAUGCAGGGGACACAGAUGACCAAGACAUACUCCAAGCCUUAGAGGGGGCUCAUCAUGUCAACUCGAAAUGCAGUAACCUGGGGUUAGGAAUCUAAUGCACCCUGAUGAGGCAGCUCCUCAGAGCAGAAGGAAAGGUGCAGGGGCCCCAGGCUGACGCUGGGAGGCAUGUUUCUGCGACUACCGUUGGCAACCGGGAGGUCUGUUCCUUGUGGUGGCCAGAUCCAAGGAGCGAGGCCCUGCCCAGCCCUGGGGUGCUCAGUCACAACUUUGUCCAAUUCAGGGUCUCUCUGCUAGACCCCUUGGGGAGACAGAGAUGGAAAUGACCCACUCCCUGCCUUCUGGAAACUCAGAGAUAACUGGGGAGACAGACACAGAAAAACACUAAAUCAAGAGAGACUGUGAUACGUGCAAAGAAGGGUGUGCGUGAGGAGAAGAUACAUUUUCCUUGGAGGGAUCCUGGAAAGCAUUGUCAUAUUUCUGUCUCCAUUAGCUCACCUUCGAGCAAUUAGGAUGCCGGAAGAACCUUUGUUUGAGGGUAGUUUAUGGCUAGAGAUGCAUAGGAUUGUUGCUGGUAUCUCCAAACUCUCGUCCUCCCCACAGGUACGCAUCUAAGAUCACAAACAGGAAUGGCAAUUGAGGGUGGAAAGGGUGUGUACAGGAACCCCUGGCACUCUGCUUAUAGCUCAGAAUUACCCCUGGAUGGUUGUCCCAAAGUCUGGAAAAUUUAUAAGUAGCAAAAUUUAUAUUCAGUGCCUCUGCCUCAGCUUCUGUCCCCAUCUUAGCCCACCAACUUCCCGCCCUGCACCAGUCAGCCACAGUGCCCUCACUCUCUCCCUGUCCCUUCUUUCAAAUCCUGCUCUCAGGAAAGAAACUACAACAGAUUCAUUCACACUGUAGUGUAAAUGAUAAGAGGUAUUCGUUACCUCUUCCCAGAGAUACUUGUUUUUAACUAAGAUAGCCUUAAUCCCAAGGGAAAAAGGCUGUGGAACUAAUGGGUUAGGAGUGGGGGGCUUCCUGGAAAGAAGGGCCUUCUUGAUAUUCCUUAGGACCUAGUAAACAAUAAGACCCAUUGCUUUAGAAGGUCUCCUCCACUAUCCAAGGACCCUUUUUUCUGGCUCACUCUCUCUGAGGGAAUAUAGCAGAAGUGCACAUGGACGUGCAUUUUGCACAGCAGCAUUUCACCCAUUUGGGAAUGUAACUCAUGUACUGGCUAAUGUGUUUCCUGGUCUUUCUUAGAUUCAAACUGUUAAUAACACAAUCUUAUAGUUUCUUGAGGGAUGCUUCUUGAUUAAGUGGGUAAUUUUGAACCUCUUUAAAUACAGCUAGAAAAUAAAACCAAUUUGUAAAGCCACAUUUGCAUAUGAUACCAGCCUCACGCAUUUGUGUAUCUCCAGAAACCCAGGUAUGCCUCACCAGUCCGCCCGUCUUUAAUAAAAGUCCUGUGUUAAAAUUUGCGUCAAAAUUCAGCUUCCUAUGUAUGAUGAAACAAGGAACAGAGGAUUCCAAUUGCUCUUUUGUCUUCAGACAUUUAGUAACAUAAAAUGCCUAUUUUUAUGCUGAAAUGUUUAUACAGGUUUAUUAAUAGCAAGUGCAACUAACUGGUGGCAUGCCUUGCAACACAUUUUGAUAUAUUAGCCACGCUUCCAGGUAAAGGCAAGCCCCAAGUUACUUAACCUUUUGCAGUCUCUCUGGGCUCAAUAAAAGAAAAAUCAUAUGCUUACGAAGUGGGACUGUAAAUAUGUACAUUUAACUUUGUAUAGCAGCCAUGUACCUACCUUGUAUAGAAAAAUGAUUUUUAAAAAUUUGAACGGAAGGGGGGUAAGAUAAGGAAGUCAUGAAGUUUUUUUUUUUUUUUUUAAUUUAAAUGAA